AUUUUUUAAUCACUGACCUCUCCCGUCUUCCGCCAGCAGAAGUGAUGCCACCAAGAAGAAAUGAGAAAUACAAACUUCCUGUCCCACUUCCAGAAGGCAAGGUUCUGGUUGAUAUGGAAGGAAAGCAAUGGGUGCUGGGCAAGAUGAUUGGUGCUGGAGGGUUUGGAUUGAUAUAUUUAGCUUUCCCCACAAAUAAACCAGAUAAAGAUGCAAGACAUGUAAUAAAAGUGGAGUAUCAAGAAAAUGGCCCAUUAUUUUCAGAACUUAAAUUUUACCAAAGAGCUGCAAAAAAAGAAUGCAUAAAAAAAUGGAUAGAACGCAAACAACUUGAUUAUUUAGGAAUUCCCAUGUUUUAUGGAUCUGGUCUUACUGAAUUCAAGGAAAGAAGUUACAGAUUUAUGGUAAUGGAAAGACUAGGAAUGGAUUUACAGAAGAUCUCUGACCAGAAUGGUACUUUCAGAAAGUCAACUGUCCUGCAGCUAGGUAUUCGGAUGUUGGAUAUACUGGAAUAUAUACAUGAAAAUGAAUAUGUUCAUGGUGAUAUAAAAGCAGCGAAUCUACUCCUGGGUUACAAAAAUCCAGAUCAGGUUUAUCUUGCAGAUUACGGACUUGCCUACAGAUAUUGUCCCAACGGGAACCACAAACAGUAUCAGGAAAAUCCUAGAAAAGGCCAUAAUGGGACAAUGGAGUUUACCAGCUUGGAUGCCCACAAGGGUGUAGCCCUGUCCAGACGGAGUGACCUUGAGAUCCUCGGCUACUGCCUGCUGCGGUGGUUCUGUGGGAAGCUGCCCUGGGAGCGGAGCCUGCAGGACCCGGUGGCUGUCCAGGCUGCGAAAACAAAUCUGUUGGAUGAGCUCCCUGAGUCAGUGCUUAACUGGGCCCCUUCUGGAAGCAGUUGCUAUGAAAUAGCCCAAUAUUUGGCAUGUGCUCAUAAUUUAGCAUAUGAUGAAAAGCCAGACUAUCAAAUGCUCAAGAAAAUUCUGAACCCAGGUGGAAUCCCUUUAGGACCAUUGGACUUUUCCACGAAAGGAGAGAGUGCAAAUGUGCGUACUGCGGACUAUCGAAAAGUUGAUUCGCAAAAGGCUGCAACAAAGCAAGUCAAUCAGAUGCAAAAUAGGUUAACAGAAAAAAGUGUCCACAGUGAGAGAAGUGCUGAGCCCUCUGCAACAGGGAGAAGAGUUCAGAAAGAGGAGAAGCGGAUUGGAUUGCUUAACAAAGAAACAGCGCAGGAAAGCACAAGGAGAAGACAAAAAUAUUGUGAGUUGCAAGAAUUUUUGAAUGAAGUAAAAAGUUCUCCACAAAAAGAGAGCUUUAUGCAGUUCCCAAACUCAUUUUAUGAACCCCAUCAAGAUUUUACCCGUCCAGAUAUAUUCAACAAGUCCAGAUGUCCAUCUUGGUACACGUGCACUUCCACAGCUGGUAUGGAAGUCACAGACUUAAGUUCUACAGGAUUUUGGUCUGCAAUUUCCCAGUUUACCCUUAGUGAAGAGACAAAAGCAGAUGUAUAUCAUUAUGGCUUCAUCAUUCUUUUACUUUUGAUGUUAGUGGGUCUUGCUUUAUAUUUUCUCUGAAGAUAUCAAACAAAAUCCUUUUGAUAGCUUUUAAAGUUUCAGUUCUUCACAGAAAUGUUACAUUCUUAUUUUAGGGCUUCCUCCCAGACAUUUUCAAGGUAAUUGGCUUAAAAAAAAAAAAAGGAAUACAUUUUAACAAAACAAGUUUGUGAACAUUCUAAAAAAAAAUUGCUUUAUACAAGAAA